AUGCCAGCGGGCGAGCUACGAUCGUACGCCAUGUCUUCGCCGCGCCACUCGCCGCCCCGCUCCGCCGCGGCACCCAGACCCAAGGGGAUCCUCAAGAAUGCUAGCGAAAGGACCACCUCCCAGGGCGCCGCUCCGCCCCUCGUUUCCCCCACCUCUGUCAACCCCGACGACGCAAACAACCACCUGCAAUGGGACGAGACCAACCUCACCCUCCACGAGCUUCAGCGCGCACAGGAAGAGGCUCGCAUGAAGAUCGACGAGCCAAAGACGCCCUUUGUCCGCAGCGCCAGCCUCGGUCCUUUUGGAGACGACGACAUGAGCUUUGACCUGGACGCUGCCGGACCAUCGACCCCUGGCAGCCGUCGAGGAUCGGCCGCUAAUCAGCUGGCCGCCAACACGUCGGCCAAUGCCGGUCGUCGACCUUCCGCUUCGGACCCUGCAUCGGGCAGCGGCGUCGCAGGCACGGGCACCGGACUGGCCGUCGGCUUGGAUGCCGCCGACCUCGCUCGCUCCGCGAGUGGCACAAGCCAGAGCCACGCCGGCAGCGAGAACGAAGCCGGCCUCCAGCGCGCUCCGAGCUCGAGGAGCACCAGCCGUUCGCCCAGCUUCUCGCUGCCAAAGACUUCGAGCAGGAGAUCGAGCGCGCGCAGCGCCACCGGCGACAUCGACCAGAGGACCGGCCUGAGGCAGGAGAACGAGGAGCGAAACAUGCAGGUCGACGACGACGACGAAGACGAUGGCGCCGUCGAGGAGGAGGAUCCCGAUCCCGAGACCCAAGCCAAGCACGCCGCGUUUGCAGCAAAGAGAAACCAGCACUACGGCAACGAGGCCGAGGCGAUGAAGAUUGCAGCCGCGCUCGCGGCCCGCGAUGACGACGAGGAUGAGGACGAUGACGACGAAGAGGACGCUGCCCAGAGCGGCCCGCCUCCGGUUCCGCCGCUCCCCAAUGGCUCGCGACAGGGCUGA